AGGUCAAUAACCAAACGAGUGUCGCAGUUUUCUGCCGCGUCCGUCUUCUACUAGCCUCUAGUGCUUUAGUUGAAAAAGGUUUUUGUUGACCUUUUCCCCCCUCUUUUCAAAAUGUCUGAUGAAGAUUACACCUUCGAGACCGGUAACGCCGGUUCCUCCCUGACCUACCCGGCCGAGGCUGGUUCCCUCCGCAAGAACGGACACUGCAUGCUCAAGGGAAACCCGUGUAAGUGGAUGAAUUUCAAGUUUUAGAAGCGAUGAUAGAUCACCUACUGAUCGACUUCGAUGUUAGUUUUCUACUAGUACGGAACUAGAUCUACUAUUGCACCUCCUGUUUCAUCGCUGCCGCGAAAGUGAUGAAGUUCUUGUCCCCAAAAAAUUUGAAAACACACACAAAACAGGCAAGAUCGUCGAGAUCUCCGUCUCCAAGACCGGAAAGCACGGCCACGCCAAGUGCCACAUCGUUGGUACAGAGACUUGUUUAUGUUUUUAAGUACGUAUCGGUAUCGGAUUCUUCGGUCUUAAUUGCAGUUUUGUGCACUCAAAAAUCCGCGCAUAUAUUACAAACUCAAUUUGUCACGCUGGAGGGCCAAUACCAAUACCGAUUCCGUAGCCUGGUCAGCCCGUCUAUACAGGGCCAAAAUCCGCCCCUCUUUGCAAAAAAAAAUAACUGCAAUGCAAUUUAUCCUACGCAAAAUCAGGUACCGACAUUUUCACCAACAAGAAGUACGAGGAUUUGUGCCCGUCCACGCACAACAUGGACGUCCCGAACGUGCAGCGCACGGAGUUCCAGCUGCUGGACAUUGACCGUGACGCCGGCUCCAUCUCCGUGUUGCUGGACAACGGUGAUACCAAGGAUGAUCUGAACUUGCCGGUCGAUACCACCGGAAACCUGGAGGAUGUUGCCAACGAUCUGCUGACCGCCUUUGACGACGGUAUUUUUUUUUUCUUGUCUAUUGAUAGAUGAAGAGGAUCUUCCCCGGAAAAAGAACCUUUGGAGGUCGAGAUUGUGUAGGAGUGUAGACGAGAAAAAAUGUGAGCAGUUGAGGAGCGAAUGUGAAGGUGCUCAUGCACUUGUGCAGAAAUACACAUAUAACUCUUGGUGAGAGAAACUGUAACGUGUAUCUGCAAAAUGAAAAUAGCAAGUUCUAGUUAUUUAUCCCUAAAUCCUAAACGCAAUACAGGUAAGUCCCUGCUGGUCACCGUCCUUCAGUCCAUGGACAAGGAAAAGGUUGUUGCCUUCAAGGAGCUGUCCGCUUAAGUUCGACGAAGCAUCAGAGUAUCAAAACGAGAUUAGACAGAACCGGAAAAAAACAUCGACAUCUUCACAUCACGCAACGAAGACGAGCAACGCAAUCUCGCAUGGUGUUACGAACAUGAAUUGCAAGCGGUAGGAUCGAAAAAUUCCUGUUGCAAUUCGCCGUAGCUAUAUCUACAUGCUCGUGGGCCAUUCGUCGAUCACACCUUUUUUGUUGGCGGGGGGACCAUGCGGAGAGUAUGUGGCCUACUACUGAAUCCGAUGGGGAUGCGCUCCAGCGACGCAACAGUUCCGAGCCACAUGAUAAUGGGGUCCAGAGAAGUACACGCAAUGCUCGAGCAGAAGCGAGUGUAGAUGUGGGUGUAACUGUAUGAAUGUCCAAUGUACUGAAAUUCAAGAACAAAUUUACUCGGUGUAAUCGACUAAAGUGUACCUAUAAUCUUCUAUCAGUAUGAGAACGCAGUUUCUCAAGUUUAUUGCAACUUUUCAGUAUGGGCGGGUGCCGCGAGAAGUCACUCUUCUGUAGUGCAUGUCGCUGUGUCCUGCAAUUGGUGCUCUCAACGCCUCUCCCCAGCGCGAGAACUAUCUACUAAAAUAGUGCUAUCAUUUUUUGCAUCUAAAUCCAGCAACAAACGCGGGCGAUGCUUGCUGUAUAUGAAAAAUGCUUUUUCCUUUCUACACUUCAGAACUCACAUGUUGUGCGAAUACCACACCAGGACUAGACUUUCCUAUGUCUGCUUUCCCUAGAACGAUCUCUACUUCGAGCGCCGGGUUAGUUUCCGCUUGGCGUAUGUCGUUGCUGAGCAAAAAAGCUGGAAGGGGGAGAGGAAUAGGUCAUAAUCAUGAUCCGCACUCCUGCAUGCGCACGACGAAAUGAAAACGAAACUUUCUGUGCUAGAGAUGUGUAGAGCUAGCGAUGAGGACAGAGAUUUGUUGAAAAUGAACCGAUCGGCAUUUUUAGGAAAGCUGUUGUUUACCACGCACCAAUCUGUCAUAUAAAUCACGCACGCAGCUCACUUUGCGCAAAUCUUUCAUAGGGUUGUUGACCUUUUCAUGCACUAGAACGAAGUUGAAAGCGAA